AUGUGUAUUUACUGGCUGUUCUGUAUCACUCUUAGCAGCUCCUACUGGAUCGUUACACAGACUUGUACCAUUAAUGAACAAGCUGCGGCUUUGCUGCCUGGGGACAUCAUGAUUGGAGGGCUAUUUCCUAUGCAUACAGGGGUCUCUAAUUUAUUAAGACAAUCCGAUAAUGAAAGUUUUAUUUGUACAAGUUUACAAACACGGAGUAUGAUUGAAGCUCUUUCUAUGAUCUAUGCAAUUGAGACAAUUAAUAAUUCAACUCUUUUACAAGGAAUAACAAUGGGCUAUAAAAUAUUUGAUACGUGUUCUCACACCUUGAAAGCAGUUCACUCGGCAUUAAAAUUAAUUCCGGAGUCUGAUGUUAACAAUAUUACAGAGUGCAGCUCAAGGCCAACUGUUUAUCCUGUCAGAGCUGUUGUCGGAGAAACAUACUCAGAAAUUUCUAUUGCCGUUUCUAGACUCCUUGGAAAUUACAUCAUACCACAGAUAAGUCCUGCAUCAUCUGCUUCUACGCUGAGUGAUAAAAUUAGAUUCCCCUCCUUUUUACGCACAGUUCCAAGUGAUACAUUCCAAACAAAAGCAAUUGUGGAACUGAUCAAAACCUUUCAGUGGAACUGGGUUGGAAUUGUUUCUAGUGAUGAUGAAUAUGGACGAUCUGCUCUGGACCUUCUAAAUGAUCUAUUUAAAAACAACGAGAUAUGCACAGCUUUCUCCAAAAUAGUGUCGUCAUAUGUGGAUCACCCAUCUUUGCAGAGUUCCAUAAACACCGUAAUUGAGGAAUUAGGAGCAAGUACAACAAAUGUUGUGGUUGUCAUUGCAAAGGGUCCUAUUGUUAGUAAACUCCUUAAAGCAUGCAUUAAAGCUAAUAUUUCCAAAAUCUGGAUAGCGAGUGAUAGCUGGUCCAAUUCUUUGGAAGUUUUGAGCACUGAAGACAUUGAAAAGGUUGGUACAGUUGUUGGAAUUAACUUUAAAAUGGGCUAUGUGAAAGGAUUUGAAGACUAUCUAAGAAAUCUCCAACCACCAGGACAAGGCACAGUGAAUCAUUUUCUAGAAGAAUACCAACAGUUAAGAUACAAUUGCACUCAAACUUUUAGGGAGUAUCUUGAGUGCAUUAAUUCAUCAAAAAACUGCACCUUAGAUGACUCUUUAAUUAUGAAGUCACCUCUCGCAUGUCAAGAAGGGUAUUUGCCUUUUUUAAAUGAUAACUACUUGGCAGAAAAUAUUGAAUGGAGCAAAACAUACAGCACAUACCUUGCCGUUCUAGCCAUAGCACAGGCUUGCAAUAACCUUCUAUGCAAAAGUGGGAAAUGUAUAAAUGAUACCAACUUCUCACCAACUCAGCUACUUGAAGAACUAAAAAAUAAUAAUUUCUCAUACAAUGGAGACACUUUUAAGUUUGACUCUUCUGGUGAUUUAUUAAUCGGUUAUGAUGUGCUGACCUGGCAAUCAGUAAACCAGACCAAAGAAGUUAGGAUUAUUGGUGAAUAUACCACAUUGAAUGGCAGUGUCAUUAUAAACAGGAGUCUACUUCUGUGGAACACAGACCAAAAUCAGGUUCCUUUCUCUAAUUGCUCAAAAUCAUGCCUUCCUGGAUAUUACAGAAAGUACUCUUAUAUAAGCUGCUGUAAUGAAUGUGUUGCGUGCACUGAGAAUUAUUAUUCACCUAAUGCAGAUAUGACUGAAUGUCAGAAGUGCACUCUCAACCAAUGGUCGAAAAAUGGAAGCUCUCAUUGUGAAAAUAGAACAAUUGAAUACUUCAAGUGGAAUGAUCCAUUUGCUAUAACUCUAGUGACAUUUGCUGCUGUUGGAGCUUUGGUUGUGCUGUUAUCAAUGUGUUUGUUCAUGAAAAAUGGUGAUACUCCAGCUGUCAAAGCUGCUGGGGGCCAUUACACGUAUUUAUUCAUGAUAUCAUUAUUAUGUAGCUUGGCAAGCAUUGGGUUUUUCAUCGGAGAACCUAACAACACAGUCUGUAAGAUCAGACAACCACUCUAUGGCAUCAGCUUCACUGUCUCUGUAUCUUGUAUUUUAAUCAAAUCCAUGAGAAUUCUUUUAGCAUUUGAGUCAGCCUCAAGAGGAAAAAAGUUAGUAACAUUAACUUACCAACCUAUCAUGAUUGUCAGCACACUAACUGGCAUCCAAAUCUCUAUCUGUAUAAUCUGGCUUGUUCUGAAGGGUCCCUAUUUUAUUGACAUAUACAACAUACCUGAACAUAUUAUCUUUCUUUGUGAUGAAGGGUCAUAUGUGGCAUUUGGCAUUAUGUUAGGUUACAUUGGAUUACUUGCAUUAGUUUGUUUCCUUUUAGCUUACAAAGGUAGAAAACUACCAGAGAAAUACAAUGAAGCCCGAUGUAUCACAUUCAGCAUGCUUGUCUACAUGUUUGUUUGGCUUCUCUUCAUCCCUAUCUAUGUGAACAUUAGCAGUGGUGUGUAUCCGUCUGCUGUACAAGCUCUUGCCAUACUGGCCUCCAUCUAUGGGAUGAUUUCUUGCCACAUUUUACCAGUAUGUUACAUAGUCAUUUUCAAACGAGCCUCCUGUAACAGAGAGAAGUAUCUGCAGAGUACCUUUAUGUUCUAUAGGGCUAAAAGGAGCGUGUUCUCAGUUUGUCAAAAACCCCCAGAUAAAGAGGCUCCCUUUACCAAAACCAAACAAGAUAUUGAAGCUGUUCAAGUGAUAAGAAAGAGACAUAAGAGCUGUUAG